UUUAGAAAGCGCUUCCGGCGGCGCCGAGCACUUUGACGUCAUCCCCCACACGGCGGUGACGUCAAUGCGGAGGGGAAGACGGGAUGACGUGUCUUAUUUAAAUGUCUCCCGAGCGGAGGGAUGGAGAGAAGGUCUGAGCGGACAGAGCCAGCACGGGGCAUCGCCAGUGGGUCCACCGGGCAGCGAGCCGCCAUGCCGGGUGCCGCCAGUUGAGGGAUGGCUGCUGCUCGCUCUGUGCUGCUGAUGGCCGGGGAGAGGCUGCUCCAGCCGCCGCUUGGAUCCCGAGCUCCUCCUGUUACAUUGUAUCCACCUCCGGCCGCCGCUCUCCGAGGUGCUGACCGCCCGGUGUAACCAGUACUGAAUCCUACCGGUAACAAAGUCCCAAGAGGAAGGGGUAACCUGAUUCUAGCGGACCCAGGAUCUGGGAGGUGUCAUUGGUGCAUACUGUAUAUAUGUCUGUCUGUGUAAGAAUACCAGCGCGGGAAGCGGAUCUUUGGGAAGAAGGAUAUGAUUGGAAUAAGCAUUGGGCUGCAAUCCUAGUAUUUCCUCAGAUUAGAAGACGCUGCAAGACGCAGACACAUGCAAGCGCCCUUGUUUUGUUGGAUAUACGUUUUUUAAUAAACACGUGUUCUUUUUUAUUACCUUAAGUUAUAAAAACUUCUAUAUUAUUGGUACAGUCAUAUAUUAUUUUGUUUUUUCUUAUUUUGGGAAUCUUCUUGGAUUUAAAAGCCAGGCACUCCACUUCUUCAUGUCACCCUGACCCGUUGAGUGACACAGGACAGAAAAGGUUGGCUGCAUUGGGAAUAUAUUUCAGAGAACAAAGUGGAGAUUGCUAAUGUUUGAAGAAGACACAAAUUCAAGAAGUAAUCUCUAGGUCAGCUUCAGUACAGAUCGCAAUCUGGGCAAAAUGGGAGAGCAACCCAUUUUUAGCACCAGAGCCCACGUCUUCCAGAUAGAUCCGAACACAAAGAAGAACUGGGUUCCUACCAGCAAACAUGCCGUGACUGUGUCCUAUUUCUAUGAUAGCACAAGGAAUGUCUAUAGAAUAAUCAGUCUGGAUGGAUCGAAGGCAAUAAUAAAUAGCACCAUCAGUCCAAACAUGACAUUCACUAAAACAUCGCAGAAGUUUGGGCAAUGGGCCGACAGCCGGGCAAAUACAGUCUAUGGCCUGGGAUUCUCCUCUGAACAUCAUCUCACAAAAUUUGCAGAAAAAUUUCAGGAAUUUAAAGAAGCUGCUCGAUUAGCAAAGGAGAAAUCCCAAGAAAAAAUGGAACUAACCAGCACCCCAUCACAGGAGUCGGCUGGAGGAGAUCUUCAGUCUCCCUUAACCCCAGAAAGUAUCAACGGAACGGAUGAUGAAAGAACCACUCCAGAAGUGACGCAAAACUCUGAACCAAGGGCUGAAACCACGCAGAAUGCAUUACCAUAUACACAUAGUUCUGCAAUAAACAAGCAUUGGGAAGCAGAACUGGCCACACUCAAAGGAAAUAAUGCCAAGCUCACAGCCGCCUUGCUAGAGUCUACUGCCAACGUGAAACAAUGGAAGCAGCAGCUAGCUGCGUAUCAAGAGGAAGCAGAACGAUUACACAAACGGGUGAGUGAAUUAGAAUGUGUUAGCAGUCAAGCCAACGCCGUUCAAACACACAAAACGGAGCUAAAUCAAACGAUACAAGAAUUAGAAUCCACUUUGAAAAAGAAAGAAGAGGAAAUAGAAAGAUUGAAAGAAGAGAUCGAACAUGCAAAAGAAUUGCAAGAUCAGAGAGAUUCUUUGAGCCAAAAAUUACAGGAGGUUGAAACGCAUAACAAAGACCUUGAAGGGCAACUGACGGACUUAGAGCAACGCUUGGAGAAGAGUCAGAGUGAACAAGAAGCAUUUCGCAAUAACUUGAAGACACUUUUAGAAAUUCUGGAUGGGAAAAUAUUUGAACUCACUGAAUUGCGAGACAGUCUGGCCAAGCUGUUAGAGUGCAGCUAGGGAGGGAAAGGGCUGCUUCUACCCACCCUCUUAAAGAUGCACUGUCUCUCGUCACAGCACCAUAGCGGGCUCUGUAUCCGAGUUGCACAAAACAAGAACGGAAAAAUCUCUUCCAGAGAGUCUAUUUGAAAAUUUCGUAGUUGACCGAGAGGUGAAAUGGAGACUUAUUUAUGAAGCUAACAGAGGGGAAAAUUAAAAAAACAGAAAAAAAAAAAAAACGUAAUAAAACUUGAAUUACAAUUUACCUCCUAUUCCCUUAUUGGCCAUAAAUGAACUUUGAACGCAUUCAGUGCCAGAUAGUCGUUCGUGCUAUCGCUGAAUGUAUACAGUUCGUAACAGUCAUUUAGAGCAAUCCUCCUCCGGUUUGCUAACAGGUGCAGUAGUUUUUGUUAGAAACAACAUGUAGAUUUUUUGUUUUUAUUCUUAUUUAUAAGGUUUUUUGUUUUAUUUUUUUUCCUUUGUUUUAACAAAAUAUCUUCUUGAAGUGUUUUGUGCAAAAACUUAGCGAUGGGAGCCGCCCUUUGUAUUUUUGUUAUAAUCUGAACAUUUUCUCAGGAUAUUUUUGCACUGUUGAAAAAAAAAGAAAAAGUGCAUUUCUAAUUUUUCCUUGCCAGGCGUGAGAGAGAAUGCAUCUUUAACUGAAAUUUGUUACCGUAAUCCGAACCAUUGUACACAGUUCUUCCUUUUUAUACCGGAAGAUUUAUUGUAAGAAGCUCACUCUGGUAUUUAAUAUAAAUGUCCAGUUUCAGGUUA